GACCGCCAAGGAGACAGUGUCGUUGUGUGUUUGUUCAUGUUUGUUGUUGUUGUUGUUGUUGUUGUGUUGUUGUUUCUCUUCAACCUUCCACCAUGAAGAACCCGCAGGUCUCUGCAGCCAGAGGGACGCAGCGCGGUCUCCGCAGGAAGUGACGUUAAAAUCGCCGUUGGCCAAUCCGCGCCGGCGACACAAAGAGGAGACGGAAGACCCGCCUCCAACCUCCUGAACCCGAACGCGGCCGGAGCAGAACCGUGCGAACCGGUCCGCGCUCUGCAGCUGCAGGAGAAGCAACAUGGACACGGAGUUGUUUAUGGAGUGUGAUGAAGAGGAGCUGGAACCAUGGCAACAGGUGGAAGACAGCGUGGAGGAAGACGACAUAGACUUCAUGGACAGCGGUUGCGAGCCAGGAGAGGAUUCUCCUCUUCCAGCCUCUGGGACUCCUCCUCCUACAGCUUCGCCCCUCCUACAGAUUGUCUGCUCCUCUGCGAAACCUCCUGUUCCUCCUCCUUGCCCAUGUCCCUCCUUCAUGAACUCCUCUUGCCUCACCCCGCCCUCCACACCUGCCGUGGCCCCGCCCCUGGUGGCCCAGGCCCCGCCCCUCUUCCUGACACAGACGGCGGGUGGGACGUUCCUCCUCCCGGCGCCCCCUGGAACGCACCAGGGCCAGCCUAUCCUCCUCACCACUCAGGGCUUCCCAGGGAUGAACCGCGGCGCCCCUCUCCUGCUGAACCUGCAGCCGGGUCAGACGGUCCAGCCUCUCACGCUGAUCCAGUCGCAGUCACUGGGUCAGCUGGUCCGGCCCAGCGUGGGCGUGUCCCCAGUCCAUCAGGCGGUCCAGGCAAGAGCAGGCCCCGCCCCCUCACACGUCUCUAGCGCCGCCAUGCAGCUGCCCAAUACGCUGACCUUGCUCACCGGCACGCCAGCACCCGUUAACCUUCUGAUGACAGAAGUGGGCGGAGCCAACUGCCUGAAGGUGGCGGCUUGCCCCGCACUUCCCUCUGGAUCGGCCAAUGGCGUCGUUAGAAUCUCUCCGAUCAGCAGCGCUCCUGACCCCGCCCCCAUCUCCUCCGUGGUUCCCGCCCGCUGCAUGACCCCAUCGCUGACCUCCAACCCCCUUAGAGUGGUGAUGAGCGUGGAGGAGUUCUACUACGGGACGCUCGAGGGCGACCCGAGUCUACGGAAGCCGGUGGGGAUCAGAACCUCCUCCUUCACCUGCCAGAUCUGCACCCACCUGGCCGAGAACAACCUGAGGUUGAUGCAGCACAUGCUCCAGCACUCAGAGUUGGUUGGAGCAACAAGUGAAGACAGGAGGUGCUGCAAGUUCUGUUACCGACAGUUCUCUUCUCCGGCUCAGCUGCAGAGCCACGAGGAGCAGGUGCAUGGCCCCGCCCUCUCCUCCUGUUUGUGUCGUAUCUGUGAGUGGGCGUUUGAGAACGAACCGGCUUUCUUGAACCACAUGAAGUCCAACCACAAACCCGGAGAGAUGCCCUACCUCUGCCAGGUGUGUUCCUAUCGCUCGUCGUUCUACUCCGACCUCCUGCAGCACUUUGCCAGCUUUCACAGAGACUCUGGCUUCUUCAUGUGCCUCUUCUGCCUGAAGGUGACCAGAAACCCUGUCACCUACCAGCAGCACCUGUUGAGACACAAGAUGAACCAGGCGUUCCACUGCAACAGGUGUCGUCUUCAGUUCAUCUUCCUGAAGGACAAGAUUCAGCACAAACUGGAAAACCACCGCAGCUUCCGUCGUCCCGCUGAGCUCGAAGGGUUGUCCCCGGGGUCAAAGGUCACCAUCAGGACCUAUGGGAAGAUCAGGCCUCUGACGUUAGCAUGUGGCCGGCUGCUCCAGAGCCCCGACUCCCUCGUCCAGCCAAUCAACAUCAAGAGUGAGAAGUCUCCGCUCCAAAUGAGUCCCGCCCUCCGCAGGUCGCCGCCGCCGCCCUUGACCCAGAGGCAGGUCGGCCGCCGAAUCCAUGUCAACAGGUCUUCCGGUGGUGACGGGGACCAUCUGGUGUGUUUGGAGUGUGGGACCCAGGUGCUCGACUUCUCGGCUCACUACCCGACCCACGUCCGGUGUCUGCUGUGUCCCUACAGCAGCUGCUGCUCCAGAGCCUACGCCUCCCACAUGAUCCAUCACCACGUGCCGCGGACCAAAGACAAAGUCCUUCCCCUGCACAGACUCCCUCCUCCGUGUGUGUACCUGCUGUGCUGCUCUCAGUGUGACUUCAGCCCUCAGACCGCCGAUCAGAUGGCUAAACAUCUACUGAGGAACCCGCUGCACCACAGCGCCACCUGCAGGCCACGCAGCGCCAUUGAACCAGACAUCCAAUACCGCCCCCCCGCAGAUGGAGAAGAACCAGUCCCGAGCGCAGACCUGCCCGAUCCGUCCUGGAGGUCAGCGGGUCGUUGGAAACGGCCGUCGGAGAGCGACGAGUCUGCAGCCGUGGUCCCGUUCCAGCAGAGCGCCGGGCCGUACCACUUUCUGUCAAAGAACACGGACGCCAUCGACUUCUUUCACCUGCUCUUUCCUCAGGAGCUCACAGAGCUGAUCGCCAAGGAAACCAACGCCCAUGCCAAGACCUGCCGUUUCAUGGGCCUCGGCUGCUUGGACUGGGUUCCCACCACCGUGCACGAGGUCAAGGGCUUCCUCGGCCUGGUCAUCUUGAUGGGGAUCCACAACCUUCCCGACCCGUCGCACUACUGGUCCUGGAGCCACUACGACAACAGCUACACCUUCUGUCGCGCAAUGAGCUUCAGGCGCUUCCAGCAGAUCGCCGCCAACAUCCGGAUGGGCAGCUUUGCCACGGAGGAGCUCCGUGGAACCGGCGACCCCAGCGACCCGCUGCACGUCUUCCGGCCGAUGCUGCGCCUCCUGGGCGCCGCCAUGUGGGGCGCCUACGAGCCCAACUGCUGCUUGUCCGUGGACCGGGCGCUGCUGCCCGGCCCCGAUGAGGCGGGCCCCAGGACCCGGCCCCAGGCGUGGCUGCUUUGCGACUCCAAGUCUGGCUACUGCCACCGCCUCUUCGUCCAGGCCGGGGAGCGGGGGGGGGGGGAGGAGGGCCCGGCGCAGGGCUUCACCGUGGUGCCAGAGCUGGUGGGGGAACUGGAGGGCAAACACCACCAGCUCUACCUGGCCAGUUCGCUGGCGUCCGUGCCGCUCAUGCGAAAGCUUCUGGACGUGGGCAUCUACGCCUCCAGCUCCUUCCCACCGCUCAGCCCCGUCCUGCCCAGGGAGCUGUGGGAGGAGGGUCGCCUGGAACGACCCGGGGACUUCCUGCAGAGACGGUUUGGCCCACUGCUGGCCACCCGCUGGAGGGACACCAAGGAGAUGGGCUGCCUGUCAACCAACGCGGCCGCCGGCGAGCAGGACACUGUCUGGAGGAGGUCUCAGACCAGAGUGGGCGGGCUGGACCCCGUGGACCGCCCCAUGGCCUUCUGCCUCCUGCAGGAGAACAUGCGAGGCGUCGACAUCUGCAAGCAGCUGCUGGCCUGCAACCCGCUGGGAGGGAUCCUCCAGGACCGGCACUGGCGCAGACUGUUCUGGUUCCUGGUAAACCUGAGCGUCGUGAACUCCUUCAUCGUACUGCGGGAAAGCCGCAAGGAGAACCCGCCGGCCUGGGUGCAGGACGGCCUCUUCACGCAGGUCAGCUUCCGCAAGCGCCUGGGCAACCAGCUCGCCAAGUGCGCCCAGAACCGCUCCGAGGCCGCGGCAAUCGCCGGCUCCCGCCCCACGACCAGGCCGGAGGCGCCAGUCGAGCAGAGGCACCGCAUGGGUAAGAUCAGCAGCAUCUCCAAGAGGUGCAAGACCUGCCGCCUGAAGAACCUCCGCCACGAGAGCGUGUACGGCUGCGUCGUCUGCAGGGCGAACCUGUGCAAACAGCCCAGCUGCUUCUGGGAGUUUCAUGGCCUCUCACCCAGGAACAAAGGAUCGACAAGAGUGGGAUUCAUCAAGGACAGAAUCAGUGGAGAGGUCACGGUGUCCGAGGUGGAGGACAACGUGGACGGGGCCAUGGCGCCCGUGGAGGACUUGGAUUUCUCUGACAACGGCGACAUAGAAAACGAGGACGCCGACGACGUCAAGGAAGAACUCGUCGGCGAAGUGAAACCCCCGACGCCUCGCCCACCCGCCGCCGCUAAAGACGAUUUGCUCACCGCCCGCAAGCUCCGCGUCGCCCUCUCGGCGCUGUGUGACGGACUUGGCCAGGCCUCCAGGGUGUUUCUCACGGAGCCGCGCCUCAUCCGGUCCUGGCUGCGGGAGGCCGGGAGACGCCAAAGGUCGGCCGGGCAGGAGCAGCCCAAGUCCAACGCCGGCGGCGCUGACCGCAUGGUGGCCUGGGUGCUGUCCAUGCGCGAGCAGCAGCUUCCCAUCUCAGAGAGCAACUUCUUUCGCAAGGCCUCCGUGCUGAAGAAGAAAGGGGGCUUCAGCGAUGCCUUCCGCAUUUCCUACAACUGGGCCGUGGGCUUCAUGCUGAGGCACCGACUGGGCCUCCGCCGUGCCGGCAGCCCGGCCGCGCCGGCUCCGCUUCUGCCGCCCUCCCUGGAGGCCAAGGUCGACUCCUUCAGGGGCUUCACGCAGAAGGUCGUCCGGGCCGGCGGACUAGCGGACGGCGCCGUUGCCGCCAUGGACGAAUUGUGUCUAUUCGUGGAUCUACGGCUGGUUCAGGACAAGUCCCGGCGUUCUGAGGCACUGGAGCUCACCGGGUCUCUGCCGCUGGUCACCGUGUACCUGGCGGCGCUGGCCGACGGGACCAUGUUGCCGUCCGUGGUUCUGGCGAAUCGGCGGAUGGCUGAGAAGGUCCUGCCCGAGUUUAUCCUCACCGGACCGGGAGGCCUGCCGGUAGAAGAAGCCUUGGAUCUGUGGACCAACGAGGUUUGGCUGAAGCACGUUUCCAGACCCGCCAGGCCCCGGAAAUCCAUGCUGGUCCUGGACCGGCACCGAGAGCACACAGGAGAUCCGUUUCUCGCCAUUAUCGGCGGGGCGGGAACCCUGCCGGCCGUGAUCCCGGGAGGCUGCUCUUCCCGUCUCCAGCCGCUGGAGGUCUGCGCGAGGCCGGUCCUGCAGCGGUUCCUCUUGGCUCGUUGGGCCAAGUUCACUGCCGGGAACCCGGAGGAGCUCGAGGAAACGGCGCCGCACCAGCUCCAAGCCAACGUGGCCCAGCUGCUGGUCGACUGGUUGGUCGAGGCCUUGGGGCACUUGAACCAGCUGCCGUGGCUUUGGGAGAAGUCCUUCCGCCUGACGGGCCUUCUGCCGAAAGAGGGGUGCGAGGUGGAGGGGACGAUGAGCCCGGAGGAGGUCCAAGCAGACCUUCUCAAACGCCUGACUGAGGUCCUGCUGGGGCCCGAAGCUUCAGGUGACAAUCACCCCGAGCUGCUGGAGCCGGAGGAUGACGAGGCCGGCGACGAGGAUCAGGGAAGAGAAAAGGAUGCGAUCAGAGGCGAGGAAGAAAAGAAGGAGACAGGGGAGGACGUGAAAAAAGAAGCAGAGAAGCCUGAGGGGGACAGCGAGGAGAGAGGAGAGGAGACGGCCAACGACACGAAGGAAGCAAGCAGGAAGAGACGCGAGACCAGGAUCGUGAUCGGAGAGGAAGUUGGCGACGAGUGGAAGAUAACGGGGAAGAGCCGCGUGGAAGAAAGCUGAAGCAACGACCGAGACGCGAAAGUGGGACGUCAAGCGGGUGGCGGCGGCGGCUGUGGCUCCGCCCACAAACGUACCUCUCCAGGUGGAGACUUUAAGCUGCCUCAGGUGUGUCAUCAAGUUUUUGUUUGAGCUACAAAUAAGCUGGAUCUUUAUUUCAUAUAUAUAUAUAUAUAUAUAAUCUCGUAAAGCUGAUUGGCCGGUCAGGAACAUGUGACCCGAACAUGUUAAUGGAUAUCAACCCGCAGAAGAAUGAUAUAUUGUACAGACGAUGUGACUGAUGGUGAUGCAUUCUAUUAAAAAAAAUACAAACAUGUU